AUGAGUUGCGGUCGUGGUUUGAUUUCAGACAAAAGAUGCGCAAUCCUUUCUCUCGACACAUCUUCAAGCGUUCGUGGACGCCAUAUUGACGAAAUCUAUCGCACUCGUCCAAAACAUGGUGUCCGCCGCAACAGGAUUAUCGAUGUUUAUCAAGAUUGGUCCGGUCCUUGCAAGGCUGUCGCUGGACUAUUCCGUCGUCUGAAAACGGAACUCAAUGAUGACCUAUUACAUUUUGCGGUAGCUAAUUUGAAAGCAAAAUACGGACAAGAUACGCUUAAAAAUGCCAUUCAUGCGGCUGACAGCAAAGAAGAAGCUGCAAAAGAGUUGGCCUUCUUCUAUCCGAAUUUUGUACCACCAACGGUGCUUGUUCGACGGGUACGAACAGCUGCAGAAGCUACGGAAGCGACCAGUAUGGCCGAUUCCAGUAUGCGACCAAGUCAAUAUUUGGGAUUCGGACCAACUCCGCCGGGGAUACAACGCACAGUGGCUCUGCUACGACCAAAGGCCUAUGAAUUGUAUAAAGAAGAGAUAUUGGAAAAGAUCAAAGAGGCCGGAUUCGUGGUGGCUAUGCAGAAGGAGAUACAGUUGACCAAAGAGCAAGCAGAAGAAUAUUACAGUGAGCAUCGAGGUGAAACGUACUUUGGUGAACUGACCACAGUGAUGUCCAGUGGACCGAUUCUUGCACUAUUAUUGGCCAGACAAGAUGCUGUACAAACCUGGCGCAAUAUGCUCGGACCCACCGAUGUCGAGACCGCCCGAUCCGAAGCGCCCGAGUCGCUCCGAGCCCGAUUUGCCAGUGACGAGAUUGGUAUUGAAGAGGAAAUCGAUGGUGAAGUACAUAUAAAACCGAUGAAUCUACUACACGGUUCGUCCGAUCCGGAAGAGGUGGAACGGGAUAUGAAUUUCUUUUUCCCGGUCGAACGCACACUGGCCGCAAUCAAACCGGAUGCGUAUGCUAAUCGGGAUGAGAUUAUCGAGCGAAUCAAAGAGGCCGGGUUCCAUGUGGCUGCACGAAAAGACACGCAAUUGACACCGGAAAUAGCCAAACAGUUGUAUGCGGACAUUGAAAGCAGACCGUUCUAUGAGGACUUGAUCAAUCACAUGACAAGUGGUCGAACACUGUUCAUGGUUCUCACACGACAAGACGCAGUAGCCGGAUGGCGCAAUUUGAUGGGACCGACCGAUCCGGACAAAGCGGCUGAAGAAAAUCCAGACAGCAUUCGAGCAACUUACGGACGAAGUGUUCUGGAGAAUGCGGUACAUGGCUCGUCCAAUACAGAACACGCGAGCAAAACCAUUGAGCUGAUCUUUGGUGAUGCCAACAUUGGUCUUCCUGGACAUGAAGCGGAACAUGCAGUGAAUGUUGAAGAUGAGGGAAAACCGGCGGAAGAGGGUGGUGCUGAAGCAGCUGCAGAGAAUAAAGAAGAAACAGAUGGUGCCGCACCUGCAGCUACUGAUGCCGUUGAUUCUGCUCCUGCUCCUGAAGCUACUGCUGCUGCAGAAGGCAAAGAAGCUGCCCCCGGAGAACAACCAGCUGCAGAGCAACAAGAAGCAACGGAGGAGGCAACUGCUGAAGCACAACCACAACCGGAUGCAGAGGCCGAGGCGCCACCGGAGGCUGAAAAACAACCAGAAGCAGAAAGUGCACCAGUCGCCCCGGAAGAGGCGCCAGCAGAGUCAGCAGCUCCUGAAGAGCCCGGUGAGGAAGCGGCGGAAGAAAAUCAAAAUCAGUCAGCGAAUUCCAACAGUCGUGCUCGAUCAGGGAUCGGUUCAGCAAGUUCGAGCAACUCAGGGGUACCCUACCAUAGCAGGUCUGGGGAUACGACACCGAAACCCAAGUCCGCCCGAUCUAGUGACAGUUCAGAUAGCAAAGUGGUCUCUUACACUUCUGUCGAGACUGUCAGUUGUCAGUGCACCCCUUAUUUCCGUACGGGCAAACGUCGAAAAUCUCAGACGGAUAGGACAGUGGUGACUCGUCAAAGAGUCGGUAUAGAUGUAGAACCAGCACAACACAAGUGA